AUGGUGUGUUAUUUAUUUGGAAGUUUAUAUGAUCAAAAAGAUUCCAUCAUAUUCUCAUUGUACAGCAGUAAUUGGACAGAAAUGGACAUGAAAUGCAAAAAACUAAUAUUAUUAACAAUGAGGUUGAAUAAUGCAAACUUUAAAAAGUUAAAAUUUACAACUACAAAAAUUAUAAAUUUGGAAUUUUUUUUUAAAACAAUGGGCAAUUGA